AUGCCUGCCAACGUCCAGAGCGGAAACCGCUAUGUCCUCGUCAACAAGAAGGGAAAGACCGUCGUCGAUCUCUCUGGUACUGAUGGCCGCAGUGUCAUCGGAUGGGAACGCCACAAUGGAGAGAACCAGCAGUGGGAGGUCAUUGAAGUCAACGGUGGCUGGAACCUGAAGAACGUUGGAACUGGCAAGUACCUCAGCCUUGGCUGCGGCAUCAAGAACGGAGGAUCUGUCGUUGGAUCCGAUGAGCCUUUCACUUGGCAAAUCACUCAAGACAGCGAGGACUGCAAUGGCCUUCGCGUCAAGGUCCCCAACACCAACAAGGACCUCGACUUGUCCGACAACGGAAACCCUACUCCUGGAAACCCUAUUGAGAUCUGGGGAAGCUGGAAAGCCGAUAACCAGAUCUGGUACUUCGAGCAAGCUUCAGAGCACAAUGUUGUAGACCAUUAG